CGACUUCGACCAUUCGCUCAAAAUUAACAACGCGGGUAGCACUACAAGAAAAAUAAUCCCUUAAAAUACCAAAUAAUGGAAGAUUACUCGUUAUCCUUGCUGGAAAUUUUGGCAACGGCUGUUGCAAGAAUGGGCCCAAUUCCGGAACACAUUGCCGUCAUCAUGGACGGAAAUCGUCGUUACGCAAAGAGUAAAGGGUUGAAAGCUAUUCAAGGGCAUCAAGCGGGAGCCGCAGUGUCCAGCCGAGUGGAGAAAUGGGGCAAGGCGAUCGGAUGUAAAGAAGUUACCGUUUAUGCCUUCUCAUCCGAAAACUUUAAACGUACCAAGGAAGAGGUCGACGAUUUGAUGGAGCUCAUGUGCUGGAAGGCUGAAACCAUAUUGCAAGAUGUUGAGACCGGAAAAAUUACAGACGUGAGUUUCAAUGUGAUCGGAGAUUGGGACAAGGUUCCACAUAAAUUGAAAUGUCGGAUGGCCAAUUUGGUGGAGAAGACGAAAAACUUUAAACCCUACAAGCUCAAUGUCGCUGUGGCGUACACAGGUCGGGAAGGCAUGCUGCGUAGUUUGAAAGCAUUUGAAGGUCUCAAAUCCGACGAAUCAGUAACAGAGGUCAAUCAUAAUUCGGACAAGGGACAAACCCAGCAGCCAAAAUGGAACGAGUAUUUGGUCGAACAAGCCCAAAACAUGGCCAACAUGAGACCUGUCGACAUGUUAAUUCGGACCGGUGGAGAUCUGCGCCUCUCCGACUUCAUGUUGUGGGAGGCGAGCCAUGCUUAUGUCCACCUCACUCCGAAAACUUGGCCAGAACUUAGUUUCUCUGCUUUUAUGCACGCCAUUUUCAUGUAUCAGGUGCAUCGAAGACAGAUACCAAAACCGAUUUCCGCGAAGGACUCUCUUUCCCCGGAAGAAUUGAUACACACUGAAAAAACUUUACAAGGACCCCGCGCUGUGAUGUGGGCAAGGAAUGCACGUUUUGCAAAGAAGGACCCUCCACUAGAGAAAACUAGCGAACCUUUCUGUCCGAAAAAAACAUUUCUGGACAGUCUGCAAGAUCUGCUUAGUUUCUAGGCGACCAUAAAAAUUUAAAAAGCAAGCAUAGUGUUGGGCAAGCGAAAGUAUUACUUUCGAAUGGAGGGCUUAUCAGACUUUGUCAUAUGGAUGAUGGUCAUACGCGAGUCUACUUUUAAUAUACUUAAAGAAAUAUGUACAUUACAUUUAAAAGAUUGAACGUUCUGGUGGCAUUUGUACCAUUAAAUUUACUAAUUAUUCAGCAUUAUUAAGCAACAUGGUCGCUUAAAAUAUUUAGCACUACACUAAAUAGUUUAUGUAGUAUAUAAGAGAAAAAAUAAAUACAAGAAAAUAAGUUAGUGCAUGAA